CAUGCCUCAACCUCAGCAGCACUUUUGCUUCGACUGUUGGGUAGGUUGGGAGCACCUCAUAACUUUAUCAGAGAAAAAGUUUUUUUCAUUAUUUAUUCAGAACGAGUUAACGAAAAAGCUCUUUGUUUUGUGAGCAUAGCAAACGUGCAAUUGCAUAAAAGGAAAACUUCAGCAACGAGAGAGUUAAAGAAAAAUAAUAAGAAAUGAAUGGAUUAAGUUGGAACACUGUCGCGAUUAUUUUAAUCGUUUGUCAAAUGUCAACAGCCGCUCCAAAUGGCGUGCGAGUUAAGAGAGACGAUGAAGUGUCUUUGGACCCAACAAAUUUAGAUACAACGAAUGCUGAAAAUGACCGAGAAAAACGAAAACUUCCAGAAGCUGCAUUUCAAUCUAAGAAUGCUGUGUUAGGAUUCGUCUUUGGUAAAAUUGAUCAAUUGAUCGAUGGAUCAACGAGAUUUAUUGAUCAAUUGGACAGAAGCAACGUUGAGAAAAACAAACAAUUGGGAAUUGUGCAACCGCAGCCUAUUCCAAGCUUCCAAGCACUCAUCUCUGGUGUCAUAUCACCAAAAAUUUCAGCAAUUACACAAAAGUUCGGAUCAUUGAGCGGCAGUUUCCUCGGUGGAUCUUCAGGGUCAUCAAGUGGGUUUUCGGGUGGUGCACAAGCUUCAGCAUCUGCCGAUGAUGGAACUGGUGGAAGUUCAGCCGGGGCAGGAGGCUUAAGUGGAAUUCUUUCAUCAGUUCUUAGACUUUCCGGUCCAAUUCUUUCUGCAUCCAUUGGCGGUGGAGCUAGUCUUAGUGGCGGUGGCGGUUCUGUGGACUCAACAACAGAAGGAUUCGACGAUGAUUUCUAAAAUCUUUAAACUAUCUUGGGAUUAACAUUACUAAAUCGACUCGCUUCUUUUACUUUUCUUAUCAUUUAUUUUCAUCAGCAAAAAUAUUUAGAGAAUGAUUUCGUCUUACAAUUGCAAUUUUCAUUACUUUUUGCUUUUUUAACAUUUUCAAAUAAGAUUUUGUUUUGUUUUUUUAUAUCAAAAAAUGCCCAAGGCUGUGAUUACACGUCGCAAACAGUAAUUGGAAAUAAAUUGUUUGUAAGACGAUAAGGAAAUUGUGGAAGCAGAUGAAUGAAUAGAAGAGAAAUUUUUCUUAACUCCAUUAAAUCGAUUCAGAAUUUUUAUUUUCAGAAUGUUUUAGAAUUUAAAAUGGUUGGAAAUAUUUCUCUUCAUAUUCAUGAGGAAGUUUGAUUGAAACGGAAAUAAUGUUCGAGAUAUGUUUGGAUUUCUAAUUUCACAAAAAGAGAAGCUUCAUGUUCAUUUUGAAGGUUGUUUUCGUUAUAUUUUUAUUCUCUCAUUGUCUUUACUAUUUCACUUCACUUUUUCCUUACCUUGAAAUUAUUUUUCACUAUUUAUCAACCUAUCAACUUUAAAUUUAUUUACCUAACAUCAACAAUUCUCAAAUCAAAAUGUCAUACUCUUCUUCAAGCUUUACAUUUACUGUCACAUUUUACUGCUUAUUUACAUUUUAUAAUUUGGCAACAUUAAUUGUUUCAUAUUUUUCUUGUAAAUAAUUUAAAAUGAUGUCAUGAUAGAAACUACCAAAAUAAAAGCAGAGAAAGAAUUUAAUAUUUAUAAUUUGAAAUGGCAAUAAAAUUGAUUUUUUAAAAUAAAAAAGAAUG